AUGUCUCAUAUUAUUGUCAAUCGAUUAUUCAAGCCCUCAGUCUCCAGAAAAUUCCUUAGACACAUAAACGUUCGUCUGUUCACAUCUGAUCGUCCCUACCCGUUUCUGUUGGUCGACCACAUCCUCAAGAACCCAAGCUCUACGGAUGGUGGCCUAGAAAAAGAGUACUCAAAUCGCCGCAAGGGAAAUAAAAUCUUCAUUACCGACAAGAAGGUCAUGAGGAACGUCUGUGACGCAAUGACUGUCGGGUUUUCACGUGAUGGAUUGAAAUUCAACCUUACGGACAAGGGUCCAGCUAUCCAUUACAAAGGCGUGUCGGCUUAUCUACCUCCUCUACCCACCGGUUCACAAGUCCAAAGCCUGGCCAUGUCCUCUUUACCCACCCGAGAGAAAGAUUGGGUAGUGGGUGUCAAGUUAUCAGGGUCUCGGUUGAUGGUAUGUAGGCCUUUUGGAAGAUCAAAAUUGAUCGACAUCAAAAACGCUCCUGGGUGUAUCAACCCUUCCUCGAGCCUCAUGUUCUCCAAAGAUGAUAAAAGGUUCUACAUUCCAAGUCCCGGAUGCAACUACUUUUGCUAUUUGGAAGAAGAGCAUGACAAACUCGAGUUCAUGGGCUUGAAGUUUGACGACAUUCCAGCCUCGGUGUCUAAUGAGGUUUCGGAGUUGAGUUCAUGUUCAAGGACAGACCACCUUGUGGAGUCACCCACCGGAAACCUUUUCCUAGUCAAGUGGUAUGGUGAGGACUCAGAGGACGAUGAAAACGAGGUGUCAACAUUGAAGCAUGUAACGAAAAAAUUCAUGGUGUAUAGGGCGGGGGAGCAAUCGUGUGAUUAUAAUAAGACAAUGAUCUACACAGAAGACAUUGGAGAUCUUUGUAUGUUUCUUGGACAUAGACAGGCUUUCUGCGUCCCGGCCAGCACGUCUCCUGGACUCAAGCCUAACUGCAUCUAUUUUGUGGGUCGUAACUUUGGUGUUUAUGAUCUCACCACCAAAACUUGCACUACCUUCCACAAAGAUGAUGAAUGUCCAGUGACGAGAAUUGAAUUCCCUUACUGGCAAUUUUCUCUCUAG